AUGUCCAAAACAGUGAACACAAGUUUAAUAGAAAGGGCUAAGAAGUUAACCAAUUGCUUAGUACUCGACGACCAAACUCUCAAAAAGAUAAUGAAUUUAUUGGAAAUAGAAUUCCAGAGAGGACUCAAAGAUGAAGAGUCGGCCGCUAUUAAAAUGUUCAUCACUUAUGUCCGCAAUCUUCCCAACAACGAUGAAAAGGGCAGAUAUUUGGCGCUGGAUUUGGGCGGAACUAACUUCCGAGUGAUUCUCAUUGAUUUCAACACAAAUGAGACCAAAAUGGAGAACGAGAUCUUUAAGAUUCCUGAGGAGUUGAUGGUAUCUGAAGGGGAACUAUUGUUUGACUUCAUCGCUGACUGUAUAAUACAAUUUACCAAAAAACGACAUUUGGAUCAAAUGCGUUUAGCCCUCGGAUUCACAUUUAGCUUCCCAUGCGUUCAGUACGGCUUAUGUCAGGCCAAACUGGUCACGUGGACCAAAGGGUUCAACUGUGGACAUGUGGUGGGCCGGGAUGUCGUCAAACUGUUGAAGAAAGCACUGAAAAAGAGAUCGCAGGCCACCAGUGCUUUCGUCGAUAUCGUCGCUCUAAUCAAUGACACGACAGGAACUCUGAUGUCGUGCGCGCACAAGAAUCCCAACUGCGAUAUCGGGCUAAUAGUGGGGACGGGAACUAAUGCCUGUUAUAUCGAGAAAUUGGAAAACAUAGAGAAGUGGCCCUCAAAUUAUAGUGAACCCAAACAGGUCCUCAUUAACACCGAAUGGGGAGCCUUUGGGGACAACAAAGUGAUUGAUUUUAUCAAAACGGAAUGGGAUUCAGAAAUUGACUCGAAAUCAAUGAAUAGAGGAAAGCAAACGUUUGAAAAGAUGGUGUCCGGACUCUAUUUGGGAGAAAUG